AUGCAAAAAUGUUCACUGAUAAUACUUUUUGAAACAUCACACAUUUUUCCUCCGACAACGAGUGUGACUCAACUCGUGACAAUAACAUUACCCAUUAUCACUAUCGUUUUUUGCGAAAACAUGGACACUACCGUUAGGAGUAAUGGAAAUCAAGAAGAACUUCAUUCGAUCCAACAGCAAAUUCAUGAGAAGAAGACAGGUAUUCUUGAUUCGACUCGGCGAAUGCUUGGUUUGAUCAGUGAAUCAGAAGCUGUUGGAAACAACACAGCAGCGGAGUUAGUCCAACAACGUGAACAAUUAGAAAAUAUCCAACAACGUUGUCAUACCAUUGAUUCAAAUCUCGUCGAAGCACAGAAGAAUCUGAAUAAACUAGGAUCGAUAUUCGGUGGAAUUAAAAAUUAUUUUCAACCACCGAAACCUUCUAUUCCAAAGUCUACUUCUCAACCACAACUAACGAGUGCUGAAAAGAAGAAACUCGCUGCAACACAUAAUGCCGCAGCAGCAGCGAUCAAUACUCGACCUACGAAUUUAAGAUCAGAUACUGAUACUUAUUUUGGAAAAUCACGUAGUGCUAUGGAUGAUAUAGAGCGUGAAACAGAAGAUGGACUUCGUGAUAUUCAUCAAGGUGUUAAUCGUCUAAAACUAUUGGCAAUGCAAAUGAAUCAAGAAUUAGAAGGUCAAAAGCCUCUAAUUGAGGAUAUUACACAGCACGUAACCAUUGUCGAAGGCAGUGUCAAGAAGAAGAACAGUGAAAUGAGAAAACUGUAA